CAUUGAUAGGCGGCACCGAUAGGUGGCACUGACGGGAACUGAUAGGUGGCACUAAUAGGUGGCACUGACUGGCAUUGAUAGGUGACACUGAAAGGCAGCUCAGAUGAGCACUGAUAUGUGGCAUUGAUGUGCACUGGCAGGUGGCAUUGAUGAGCACUGGCAGGUGACACUGAUGGACACUGACAGGUGGCACUGCUGGGGUUACACUGAUCAUCAGGGAACACUGAUCAUCAGUGCCCUGAUGAUCACUGUCAGCGGGACAGCUCGUGAGGAGAGAAAUGCCGAUAACCGGCAUUUCCCUAUUUACAUGCGAUCAGCUGUGAUUGGA